UUGAACAUUCUCGACCGAUACAAGUCGUACUCUGACGCCGCCGGCAUCAUGAAGGAGGCUGUCUUAACCGACGAGAAUCACGAGAAUCUACUGAAGUUCGCCGCCGACGUGGAGCCCGACAAGGUCUACUGUAUCUUCCAGGUGGCCGACUUCUCGUACACAGACACCAACGAAGUAAUCGGGAGGAGCCAGCCCUACAGCCUCUGUCCGGCUGAGGGCAGCAAGUGCCAUAGUGACCAAUUCAACCUCGACAAGCUCCGAAUCGAAUACGAUGCCGAAGAUGGCCUUUUGACCUUCAAGAUGCCCGAAACACGCGUCCAUACCGACUUUGCUGCAUCAAUCUGUCACAGGAUUACCGUUGCGGCCGAGCCUCUCAUCGAGGACUUCCGAUCCAGGGGCACCCCCGAUAUCGAGUUGAAGGGCAAGUCGAAAUCGCGAUCCAAGAAGGUUCCUGACAUUGCCUGGGGUCGCUCCCCCCUUGAGACGAAUCCUCCCAUUGUCGCCGAGGUUGCCUACUCCCACCCCAAUGGAUCCAAGGACCUCGAAAUCCUUAAGAAGAUCUGCCAGGGAUAUCUAGAGGGCACGCGCGGUCGUCGCAAAAUCCGGACUGUCCUCGGUUUCAAGAUCUACUACCCUACCAACCCAACCAGCAAUUUCGAGGCUAUCCUGGAACAUCUCGACGAGUGCUUCGCUGGCGUCUAG